CUGCAAGCAGUUCUUGGUCAUGAAGAGAACUGUAGAAUCACUUGUAAACGAAAGCGGUAGCUCGAAGCGGAUAAAGGUCGUCAAAUCAGACAGCCAGAACCAUGCUCCAGACUGCUCAGAUCCUGAUUGCGAUGGUUGCGACGUCGGAGAAAUCGAGCUGACAUUCACCAACGAGGAUGGAACACCGGCUGACAAGCCAACCGCACUCGAACUUUUCCGCAUGGCUAUGAGCGAGGCAGCUUCUGAAGGAUCAAAAGCCAAUGAAAAUGGGAUGGCUAAGAGAAUCUUUGAUAUGGCUUUGGAAGCGUACGACAAGGAAAAAGAUCAAGACCAACUCGGAUAUGCACAAUGCCUCAUUGAAUUCGGUCGCUAUUUCGACGUAUUGGAGAGCGUCAAAGAAGGCGUAGAGGUUUUGAGAGGGUUGGAGAAAUCCAAUAGUGUGGAAGGUUCCAAAUUAACGAAGACAGAAUUAUAUAUUGCAAAAGGCAGAGGUAUAUUAGUUCAACUCCAAAUGGAAAGAGCAAAAAAAAUCGAAAUUUUCGAAGAAAUCAACGGUGAAAACGAGUCGGACGAAGAGGAAGAAAUAGACCCAUCGUUGUUGAAGAAAUUGGAAGUUUCUAAGCAAGAGAGAAAACUUGUGGAUGAAGCAGUCGCAUGUUUUGAUAUUGUACUUAGUGGAAAGGAUCACGAUGAAGGACAUGAAAAGCAAGCUCUUCUUUGUUGCAACGACUUGAGACAGUACGGAGAACAAUUAGAUAUGCCCUUCCAUGUCGACAUAGUUAGGAUUGUUCUGAAGCCCGCCCUCACAUAUUUGCAAACCGUCAAAGAUCUUGACAGUAAUGCAUUCGCACUGAAAAUAUUAGGCUCUUGCCUAUUCUAUCAGGCACGAGCGGAUCCACAAGGAGACGGUGUACAGGCCCAAAUAGAGACUGCGUUGGAAAAACUUAACAAAGCCAAGUCAGCAAACUCUGAAGAUCAAGAUUUAGAAGUUGUUGAACUUAUUGGCCACUGUAAGAUGCUACUCUCAACACUGCUCACCGAGGAAGAUGAUAUAUUAGAGCAAUAUCAAGAAGCGAUCGAUUGCUUCAAAUUAGUUUUAGAACAAUCUGAUGAACCCAAUCACAAGUUGGCUGAGAUGGUUCAACUCUUAGAUGGUGAAGACGACGAUGAAAUCGAAGAGGACGAGGACGAACAGGAUGAAGACGAUGAAGAUAACAGUAGUUAGAAAAUAUAGCUUUAUACAGA